UUAGGACGUUGCCAUUUCUUGUAAACAUCUGCACCGUCUGACUGUCACACGUGUGAUCGGCGCACGAUUAGGCCCGAACAGGAAUUUAGCCGCCCGUCUCCGCCCGCGCAAUUAAAACCACACGCCAACCUCCGAGCCGGUGCCAUUCGCCCCGAAGACUGGAAAGUGGACAUGGACCGCGUCAAUCAUGGGGUUUUAUUUUUUAGUCGGGGCAACCGCGACGCCGGGCCCAAACGUGGACUUCUGAGGCCGAAAGUGAUUGUGGAAGUGUGAAAGAUGAAACAGAGAAUUUCCAAACGCCAAGAGCUGGUGCUUUUUUGGGGGCCAGCACAUGACGCGACACUUUGGCCUCAGUUCCUGGAAGAGGUUCCCACGAUUCUUUUCAAAUUGCUAGCGGGUGGCGAUCUCCUCGCGUCGUCCUUACCGUCCAAGAUUUCAAACAAAAUGUCAACCAGGAUGGCCUAAGUAGUAAAAACGAAGGUUUCUAAAUAUAGGGGGCACAAGUCAAAAGUGACCAGAAUAGUUAAAUACUUGAAAUAGAUUAGCAGCAACUACCCGUGCAGAAGAAACGAAACCAAAAACCUUUCAGUUCUCAAUUGCCGGCAGAUUUGAGCACGAGUCGCGUGGACUGGUCGCCGCCGCCAUGGGGGAAUGGAAUUUCCUCAGCGGACUCUUCGACCACCUCCAGGCCCACUCGCCCAUGCUGGGUCGUUUCUGGCUCUUGCUGAUGCUGGUUUUCAGGAUCCUGAUCUUGGGAACGGUGGCCAGCGACAUGUUCGAGGACGAGCAGGAGGAGUUCGCGUGCAACACGCUGCAGCCGGGCUGUAAGCAGGUGUGCUACGACCAGGCCUUCCCCAUCUCCCAGUACCGCUUCUGGGUCUUCCACAUCGUCCUCAUCGCCACGCCGUCGCUGCUCUUCCUCAUGUACGUCACGCAUCAUCACAACAAGAGAACAGGCGGCGACAAAGUACCUCGAGCCGACAGAGAGACCCGCCAGUUGAGGAGGCUCUACGUCGUCCACGUGGCCUUUCGGUUGUUCGCCGAAGUCGGCUUUCUCGUCGGCCAGUGGUGGCUUUACGGCUUCAAGGUGGAGGCCCAGUACCCCUGCGACCGCUUCCCUUGCCCCUACACCGUGGACUGCUUCACCUCGCGCCCGGCCGAGAAAACCGUCUUCCUCUGCUUCUACUUCAUCGUCGGGAUCUUGUCCGCCAUCUCCAGUUGCGUCGAGCUCCUCCACAGCUCCGUCAAGUGGUUCUGCUCCGGCCGGGAGUACCGCGACGACCCGAGCGUCCACAGCUACAAGUCGGCAGGGAGGUCUUCGGGAAAGGCCGUGUCGGACUACGAGUCCGGCGGCGGGAAGAGCAGGAAGGGGCCGCGCAGGAGCGGCAAGAAGAGCAACGCUUCCAAGCACAGGGAUGGAAAAUAUGUAAACGGCAAGGCUUUCAUGGUGUAAUACGCUACGUAUGGAUUCGUCGAUAACAUAAUCGCCUCGAGCUGAGAGGCGAGGAAGCCCUUGAAAACUUAAAAACACAAGAGGAUCAAGACUGCUGAUAACGUGCUCGCACUUACAGUGAAGAAAAUAAGUAUUUGAACACCCUGCUGUAUUGCAAGUUCUCCCAGUUGGAAAUCACGGAGGGGUCUGAAACUUUCAUCGUAGGUGCACGUCCACUGUGAGAGAGAUCAUCUAAAAGUCCAGAAAUCACAAUGUAUGAUUUUUUUUUUUUUUUAAAGAUUUGUGUGAUACAGCUGCAAAUACGUCUUUGAACACCUCAGAAAACCAAUCUUAAUAUUUGGUACAGUAGCCUUUGUUUGCAAUUACAGAGGUCAAACCUUUUCCUGUAGUUGUUCACCAGAUUUGGGAUAUUUUCCAUUAGAUUUAAGUCUGGAGACAGGCUACGUCACGCCAGUACCUCGAUAUGCCGCUUGGGGAGCCACUCCUCGGUUUUCCUGGCCGUGUGCUUCGGGUCAUUGUCAUGUUGAAAGACCCGGCCGCGACCCAUCUUCAAUGCUCUGACUGAGGGAAAGAGGUUGUUCCCCAAAAUCUCACAAAACAUGGCCACGGUCGUGCUCUCCCAUGUGCAGAAAAACACCCCCGUGCUGCACAGUAGGGACGGUGUUCUUGGGAUGGAACUCAUCAUUCGUCUUCCUCCAAACACGGUUAGUGGAAUUAUGACCAAACAGUUCCAUUUUGGUGUCAUCUGACCACAAAACCUUCUCCUGUGACUCCUCUGUAUCAUCCAAAUGGUCAUUUGCAAACUUAAGACAAGACACCUGUAUCACACAAAUCAAAUUAAAAAAAAAAAAAAAAUCAUACAUUGUGACUUCUGGAUUUUUUUUUUUGAUUAUCUCUCUCACACCGGACAUGCACCGACGCUGAAAAUUUCAGACCCCCUCCGUGAUUUCCAAGUGGGCAAACUUGCAAUACAGCAGGGUGUUCAAAUACUUAUUUUCUUCACUGUAAGUAGCAAGUACAGAUACUCGUGUAAGAGUGCCAAAAGUAGAAGUACAGCACUGAUUCGCCUCAAAAUGUACGCGAGAAUAAUGACAGAUGUCGUCCAGAUGAAUAAACUCUUGCGUGCAAGGGGACCAACUGCCCAACUGCACCCUAAAAACUGGUCUAAGAGGUUUCUUUCUCCCUGGGUGAGGUUAUACUGUGUACUGGAUGCGCAACAAGAGCAGGCAGUUAUCGUCGGCUUUGCCAUAAAACUAUACAAUUACAGGAGCGAGACAGAACACCACCCGCUGCUUUCUUAUCCUCACAUGAAAACAAAAGAUGAUCAAGUCAUUUCUCGCAACUACUGCUUGGGAUCCACUUUUGCCACAGAUUAGUCAUCUGGCGUCAAACGGCGGCGCUCAGUUCCACCCAUACUGAAAGGCACCGGCGGCAGAUUUAUAUUUUCCAUCAUUAAAGUUAUUCCGGGGCUUCGCAUCACAUCGCACAAGUUAUGUCACGUCUCUCGGGAUAAUAGCGGCAACGGAAGAGGGGGAAAAAAAACAUGCGGCAGUGCUUUGCAACAUUUGUGACGCAAAAAGAAGUGUUUAGAUAUAUAAACAAAGAUGAAAAAAAGAUUAUUAUUGGACCAGAUC